CUCAGAGGGAGGCCUCAGUACAUUCGUCAGUAAGUACCGUUCGUGCUGUCUUGCCGUCGAAGCUUGGUGCUCCCCUCGAAACAGAUCACGAAAGGAUGGACUACAACAGCUAUGUCCAUCAAAACCAGAAUGUGGGCCAGGGCACUCGGGACCAGGACCAGUAUUUUGUGAUUCACUCUGGGGGAGUAGGUCUGAGCGAAGAUAGCCUUGCCGUGCUGAGUACCGCUUCGGACGAUGCCGUGACUAACCAGAUCCAGAGCAGCCAAGGCGAUCUAUCGCACCUUCCAAUACUGACGUACUCGGGAGAAGAGUAUGUGAUGUAUGUGAAAGAAGAGGUGAAGGAAGAGGAGGAGGAGGAAGAGGCAAAAGAAGCGGAGACAGGAGAGAGGGACGAAGACCGUGAUGGUGAUGACCAUGAAGACAUCAAUGAUAUCCUUAGGAAUGUAAUGCAAGUACCAAGUUUGCAGUCUCUGUCCCCCACACCUUCAGAAGGGGAAUCCCCCUCAUCCAUGGCCCAGAGACGACCUUUAGCUGAGAAGCAAUCCCACAAUGCCACUGCACCAAGUUUUGCGAUACGGUCAAAUCCCAAACUCACCAUCCGUGCCAGUCUUCCCCCUGGGUUCAAAUACAAGUUUCAUAAGAGGAAAAAGGACUAUGUUAGUGGUGUCGUCAGUAGGCGGGUGAUUGACAAGGGGCAAUGUUUCGGCCCUUAUAAUGGAUCCCUCAUAGAUGAGAAGAUGGCACAAGAUAUAGGAUCUACAUGGGAGCUUUGCCUUCGGGGUGUUGUAUGGUAUUACCUUGAUGGCAGGAACAUCAGCCAUAACAACUGGUUAUCCCACAUCAGUCCAGCAAGGACCACAGCUGAGCAGAACCUAGAGGCCUUCCAGCAUUACGGCGAUAUCUACUACCGAGCGAUAGACAACAUCCAACCCGGUACAGAACUCAAGGUCUUCUAUUCGGAUGAAUACAGGGAGAAGAUAGGAUGCAAAGUAAAACUGGACGAUCUGAACUACCAAAGAGGUACCGAUGACUUCCAGUGCAUGGAAUGCAAUGCCAGGUGCAAGACCUCAAAGACGAUGCUGAGACACAUCAAGUUCAAUCAUGAGCAGCAAGAGGGGGCUACCAACCGACAAGAAACCUCUGGUAGACAAUCAGCCUGGGGUACCACUUCUGCUUCGGAUCAACUCCUUCAUUUUGCCAGGGAGGCCUUGUGCAAAAGCGAUGCUGCCCAAACAUCCUCUGAGAGCGCUGCGUCCGAGAAGGAUGUGUUCAGGGAAGAUAGGUCCAUGCAGAAGGAUAGGUUACUAACUGGAGGCCAUCUCAAUCAGAGCAUUAUGCAUUCUUCAAGAUGUGGCAGAGAGGGUGAUGCAAGGAAGCAUUCUAUGAUUUACAGCAGCAAGGACUCGGCGAUGGUCAAGAAAGAUGCUGCAUCGUCAAGACCAGACACUUCUGUAGGACCUAGUUUAGAGUGUCCAACCUGUGGUAAGAGCUUCCAGAAUGAAGGUAUGCUGGCUUCCCAUCAGUUGUUCCACCGAACAACCAUCAAAGAGUUCAUUUGCGAAGUAUGCAGCAAGGUUUCCAAGACAUUCCAAGCGCACGUCAGGCAUCGGAACAGCCACGCAGAGGAUCUGCACCACUGUUUCCUAUGUGAGAGCAAGUACCGUUAUGUGUCCAGUUUCUAUCGGCAUUUAAGGAAUGGACACCGUAUUAAAAAGCUACGGGAGAAAUACUUCUGUCUGCUGUGCAAGGAGACAUUGCCUAACAAAACAGUCAUGAUUGCACACCGGACUGAGUGUGCACCAAGGAAACGAUAUGUUGAUAAGGAAGAGUAUCAGUGGAGACGGGAAGAGGCUGAAGCGGAAAGGAGAUCAGAUGCUAUGAAAAGUCAUAGACAAGGAACUCAAGGUUCUACUAAUUAUUAUGCCAAGGAAGUUGCCUCUGAUGAAGAAGAUUUUGGUGAUCAUGAGCCUUAUCAUUCAGGGGAAGAUAAUGGAAGUUGGAUGGGCGAGGUGGAAGAGCAAAGAUCUGAGGAAGAAAUGGGCUUGAGCAGUGUGGACAGUACCUCAAGCAUCAAAGAGAUUGAUGAUGCUGAUUUACACCUUAGACAUCAUCAAGAAGACUCUGAUAAACUUGGCAAGAUGUUUGAUUAUUACGACAGACCACGUCCUUUCCGUUGCAAAUAUGAUUCUUGUCCUAGGAGAUACGUCACCAGCCACGAUCUCUACACACACAUCCGCAAUGUCCACAGACCUCAAACUAACAAGAAAUUGGAUCUUCGUCCCUACAAGUGCGACCAAUGCCCUAGGACUUUCGCAUCUCUGAAAGGAUUCAACAACCACAAAGUGGAUCACACAGGCGCCAAACUCUUCAAAUGCGAGCCAUGUUCCAAGUGGUUCCACACCGAGGAGCGCCUCUACAGGCACAAUCACAGGAUACACAAGAAUCGCACCAAGGCGCACGAGUGCAAGGUCUGCGGCAAGAAGUUCCUGGAGGGAUUCGCGUUGAAAAAGCACGAGCAGCGCCAUCGAGGGGAGAGAAACUUUGCAUGUGAUAUUUGCGAAAGGACCUUCACCUCCAAGCACUGUCUCCAGACCCAUAUGGUGAAACACACAGGAGAGAAACCUUUCGCUUGUGAAGUAUGCGGGAAGCGGUUCUCAUUGAACCUCACCCUAGUUCGCCAUGCUGCUACACAUGAUUCUCUUGAUGGAGCAAACAAUAUUGGUGAUAGAAGCUUCAUGUGAAAAUGACCAAACACAUCUUGAGAAGGAGGCAAUGAAUAUAUAUUUCUUUUUAUUUUGGGGGGCUACUUAUCACUACCAAAUGCCAAAAUCUGCAAUGAAAGGGGAAGUUUGGCAGCUUUUAAUUUUCCUCAGCUCUCUUGAACAUUUCAGGGUUUGUAAAGAAUGGCCCCAAGCCCCCAGGUUCACAUAAUUUUCCCUCGUGAAAAGUCUCAACUUGUCUGGAUUCUUAUCUCGAUUACGAUCUAGUUUUUCAGUGUUUUGGGGGUCUUUGGUUAUUGCGAAGUUAUGAAAAUCACUGAAAUAAUCGUGAAGGAACUGUGAAUUUCUGCCAUGAGAUUGAGAAGAUAUAAGAGAAUAUGGAUAUGAAAACAACUGUUACGCUGCAAUUUGGCCAUAAACAGUUUCAGAAGAAAAAAUAAUUUUGUGCAUGGACUUGUGAAUCACACAAAAUAGUAUGGCUCUAUGAUUAUUGCUGCGCCAUGCUGGAGUGAUAACGUAAGUUAACUAUUGACAGUACUUGAUUAUGUACGCAGUCCAUUCAUUUUUUGACAAGAAUCACUCUUCACAUCUUAUAAAGAAAGUAAUGCUGGUUCCAGACGACAUACUCUAAAAAAACAACUCGUGUAUGACAAUAAUGAUAUAGAAUAUUUCUAAAGCGCCAAAUCCACAUUGAUUAUGUGCUCAAGGCACUGCGAAAAGGAAAUAAGAGAACAAUUACAUGGAGCAGGAAGGGACAAAGAUAAAAGAAUGACAGUCAUGACAAUGAAAGGAAACUACUGGAAGGCAAUUUUAAACUAAUGGGUUUUAGAGCAAUUUUGAAAUUAUCGAUAUUUGAAAUACUACGAAUGGAAUAUGGCAACUGAUGCAUGGAAACACAAAGGAAUAUAAAAAGUAGAAAAAGCAUGUUUUUUAUUUUUCAAUAUUCACAAAUCCUGAAUGCUUCCUUGAAAAUGUACGCUGUUCUUCCACUCGGUAAUUGAGAAAUGCUGAGAGAUAACAUAGUGUAAUUUGUUUAAAGACAUAUUUUCUGUGAAUAUUUUUGCCGUUUUGCAACAUUCAUACUUAAAGGGAUUUAUCUUAGUUUUUUAAGUCCAAAGAAUGUAUUCUGAAAGAAAAAAAUAAGUUAUGUAUUUUUAUUUUAUCAUAAGAAUUUUAAUACAUCUAGUCUUCUUUCUCUCUUUCCAACAUUCUUGACAGUUUGCCAGUGGCGAUGGAACAUGUUAUUGUAAAUUUUUUUUUAAAUUUCAUACCGGGUAUUUAUUCUUGACUUUACAGUCACCUCGUGUGAAUCCUUGCAACUCUGCACUGAACCACAUCUGUUUGUGUUAUCAUUUUCUUUCUUUUCAUUGUUUUAAGUGGAAUCCAUGUUUAUUUGUUCCUGAUUCCAAGCCAAUUUUGCAUUAAAAUGUCCUAGUAUUAUUGUACAGUGCUUUGGAAUCUUUGGUAGUACUUAAGUGUGUCCCCCUAUCUCGGUCCUCCUUUUUCCUCUUCUUUUCUAUAUUAUCAUUAGUAUCAUCGUCAUCAUUAUUGUCUUCAUCAUUUCAUCGUUAGCAUCGUCGUCAGGAUCAUGAUCAUUACCAUCAUCUUCAUCAUCAUCAUUACCAUCAUCAUCAUCAUCAUUACCAUCAUAAUCAUAAUGACCAUCAUCAUUAACAUCAUCAGUAGCAUUAUUAUUAGCAAAUUCAUCUUCAUCAUCAACAUCAUUAUCAUAACCAUCAUCAUAAUCAUUAUCAUUGACAACCUCCUCAUUGUCAUCAUCAUCAUCUGUUAUACCGUGUGUAAGAUAUUUGCUUAUUGAAUUAUUUUGGUGCUAGAAAUCGUGAUUUGUAAUUAUUAGUCUUCCUUCUCAAACCAGCAUUUAGUUCAACUUCCUUUGAUGAAUGCUGCCCUCGUUUGACAAAUAUGGGAAAGUACCACUUAGUGACAUGAAACCUGUUUGCUUUCAUUUUGUAAAAAAAUUGAAUAUCAACAUUUCCCCAAAGAGAUAUCAUUCUUGAAUAACUUGGAUGACAUGUAAUAAAUUCAUUUUACUAUUCUUAUA